AUGCCACUCUCGAAACUGGAGGAGAACUGUUCCUUGGAACAUGCGACAGCAGGCCAUGAACAUCGAUUCGUACGAAAGCUUGGCUACCCGAAUCGGACAUUUGCGAAUGAGAAGAUGAGAUACGAUGAAGAAGAGCUGGAGGCGUUCUACAUGGAUCUGGAGAGCCUCUACAGAGAAGACCAUACUUUCUUCAAGGUCAUCGUCGGUGAUUCCAAAGCCAAGAUUGGCCCCAGAAGAAAGGCUGAAGAGCUUCAUAUUGGGACUCGUGGAAUGGAAUGGAAUGAGCAGGGUGUAAGGCUGUCCGACCACAACGUCGAUGAAGAAUACGAUCGGUUCUUUGAAUAUCUCCGCGAUAGCGCCAGGGAAGCGGAGAGCCUCAAAGAUGGCAAGAAGCGUCUCUCUUUGAAGACUCUCGAGCUGAUUCGCGAGCGCGGAAUCGUGCGAGCUACAGGCAAUCAUCAACAAACGCCCGAAAAUGCGAAGCUAUACCUGAAAGAGAGAAGAGCAGCAGUUAUGGACGAAGCAGCCGAGGCUGGAAAGAGCAUUCGCAAGGCCGACAGAGCUUCGCCAAUUAAAAGACCAAGAUGA